UAAUUUCGAUUUUAUGACAUAUAUAUCUGUAUUUAUCUGUAUGAUUUAACCGAUAUGCCCACCUGUUGGAUUUCAUGGUCAUAGGGUAAAAUAACAAAUAUUCGCCGGCAUCCGGCAACAUCCGCCGUGUCAGCAUCUUUGAGAUGUGCAGGCAGUCGCAAAUGUCUCGCUUUAUCGACAUCAUGUCUAUAAUUUGUUUACCGCUUUGCCUGUUGAUCCACCUUCUUCUCAUCUUGCUCUGCUCUGACGUGGGAUCAUCGGCAGCAGCAGCUGCAGCUGCAGCAUCUGCCCCGUACAAUGUAGUGAUGGUUAUCUUUGAUGAUCUGCGUCCAGUGUUGGGCGCCUAUGGCGAUACAUUGGCCCGUACACCGUAUUUGGAUGCCUUUGCCAAGGGAAGUCAUCUAUUUACCCAUGCCUAUAGUCAGCAAGCUCUCUGCGCUCCCAGUCGAAAUUCUUUGCUUACUGGCCGUCGUCCGGACACUUUGCAUCUGUAUGACUUUUACAGUUAUUGGCGAAAUUUUGUUGGAAAUUUCACCACAUUGCCGCAAUACUUUAAAGAUCAUGGCUAUUAUACAUAUAGCUGUGGGAAAGUCUUUCAUCCUGGUCUAUCAUCAAAUAAUAGUGAUGAUUAUCCUAUGAGUUGGUCAAAGCCACCAUUUCGGCCACGAACCGAACAGUUUAUGAACUCACCAGUGUGUCCGGAUGGCAAUGGUAUACUCCGUAAGAAUCUAAUAUGUCCGGUGCAAUUGCAAACGCAACCGUAUAAGACUCUGCCAGAUAUUGAGUCCGUAGCGGAGGCUUUGCGUUUUAUUGAAACGCAUGGAAAUGAAAAAAAGCAACAGCCAUAUUUCUUGGCCGUGGGUUUCCAUAAGCCACAUAUUAAUUUUCGUUUUCCACGACAAUUUCUUCAUAAAUUUGAUAUCUCUCAGUUCUUUAACUACACAGAGGAUGAUGUUAAGCCACCAGAUAUGCCACCAGUUGCCUGGAAUCCCUAUACAGAUGUCAGGGCCAGAGAUGAUUUUAAGCAUACGAAUAUAUCAUUUCCAUAUGGCCCGAUUUCCAGACAUCAAUCGGCCCAGAUACGUCAGGCGUACUAUGCUUCUGUGUCGUAUGUCGAUGAUUUAUUUGGCAAACUAAUUGCGGGUCUCGAUUUGGAGCACACAGUGGUCAUUGUACUGGGCGAUCAUGGUUGGUCCCUUGGCGAGCAUGCCGAAUGGGCGAAAUAUAGUAAUUUUGAGGUGGCUCUGCGUGUUCCAUUCAUUCUGCGCACUCCGGAGUUCCCAUUGAACGAGAUGAGACGUUAUCAUGGCAUUACCGAAUUGCUGGAUGUCUUUCCCACUCUGGUGGACUUGGCACAUUUGCCAAGAUUACCGCCAUGCAAUGGCAAUCGAAAUGUUCUUACCUGUGGUGAGGGCAAAAGUUUGUAUCCCCAACUAAAGGGUUUGCAUUUGGGUGAGAACUAUGUGGCAUUGAGUCAAUAUCCACGUCCUGGAAUGUUACCCACAAAGCAUCCAAAUAGUGAUAAGCCCAAAUUGCGUAAUAUCAAAAUAAUGGGCUAUAGUCUGCGUACCGAUUUAUAUCGUUAUACAUUAUGGAUACGAUUUCAUGCUCAUAACUUUAGUCGAGAUUGGAAUGAUAUUUAUGGCGAGGAAUUGUAUGAUCAUCGUUUGGAUUCUGGUGAGGAAUUGAAUCUGGUGCCAAUGCCCGAAUUUGAUGAUGUGCGUCAACGACUUCGACGGCGUCUGAUCGAGGCCGUAGGCAGCUAGGAGGUAUCACAUAUAUAUACCUCCUAUCUCUCUCUAUCUCUUUCGCUCUCGCUCUCACUCU